CUGAUAUGUUCGCUGUAGUCAGAAAUACCAGAAUGAUACAAAGAUGUUCCUUUGAGGCAUAUUGCUUUCUUCCAAGAAUGAGUCUCUCAACAAGAGUCUUUUUGUAUACUAGAGAACAACAGAUCAGGCUAGACAGAUAUAUUCAAAAAUAAGCUCGAUCUUACUUAUGGCGGUGUUCAUAGAGCAUGCAAAGAAGUUGACGGUGAUGCAUUUUAUGUCGAAACAGUAGCAUCAAACUACCAAAGCUUGGAGAAAGAGAAGUCAUAUCGUCUCCAAAGAGGUGACAAAAUUUAUAUUGACCAGAAAUUAAUGUCAAAGAGGAAGAAGGCAAUUGCACAAAAUAGAAGGAAGAAAAAGGAAGAAAGGGUUCAGCAGACCACAGAAAAUCAGAAAAUGAUGUCUAAAAUACUCUUGUUUGAGAACGAUGAUAUGAUUGGAAUUAACAAGCCAAACUCCAUAGCAAGCCAAGGAGGUGAUGGCAUUGAUGAGCAUAUCGAUAAAAUUGUCAACGAAUACAUGAAAAGAUAUGGGAAAAGAAGAAAAUCAUUCCUGCUGCAUAGAUUGGACCAAUAUGCCUCUGGAGCCAUGAUAUUGGGCAAAAAUGUUCAUUAUGCAAGAAGCUUUAAUGGAAUGAUGAGAGAGAAAAGAAUUAAGAAAAAUUAUAUAGCUCUUGGUCAAGGCUUACCAAAUUACUUACUGAAUGAAGAUUAUAACUGAGAUCUUGCCAAUAUUUCCCACUUUCUUUCUGGCAUGAUCAGGUCUGAUCCAGAGUGUCAUGUAUAUGAUCACAAUAUUCUGAACCCAAAAUUAUCAUUGAUGAGUGAUCAAAUGAGAUUCUUAUUUACGGAGUGUCAAAAGUUACAAAUGUUCGAAGGAAUGCCUGAGCAUAAGAUCAUUGAUGAUAUUGCAGAGAAAAGAUGCACAUUAUCAACAAUUUAUCAGAUACUAGGGUUUGCUCUAUAUGAUCGACAAAGACAAUGCUUCUUCAGCUUCAAUGUUAGACAGAGAGAGCAAAAAGACAAAAUGAAGCCUUAUGCUGUACAAGAAUUUUUAGAUACAAAUCUCCAAGAUGUAGAAGCUUAUACUUUAUAUGAACUUGAACCUUUAACAGGAAAGAAGCAUCAGCUGAGGAAGCAUUUAUCCUCUGUUAUGGAAACACCAAUCCUCGGUGACUCUUUAUAUGGAUAUUCAAAUCUACACACAAGAGGAUUGUUCCAGAAAGUUAUGAAGUAUAGCAGAGAUUUUGAGAGGCAAAUGCUAAGGCAAAGCAUUUUUUUGCACUCUAAAGAGAUCAAAGUUCCCCUCCAGGCUGGAAAAAAUAGAGAGAUAAAGACCUCAAAUAAGCUAAUUAAGAGAGACAAACUAGAGUAUGUAUCAGUCUCGGCUCCAAAUCCUCCUGAGAAGUUUGACAAGGUUCUUGAAGCGCUCGGGUUGUACCAAUAAGCUAACCUCAUAAGGCAUGUUUAUUAAAAAGCACUAAAA